AUGAUUGAACCUACCCCCAUUAUUGACCUCACUACCUCCAGAGCUGCAGGAACGUCGUCAGCAACACAUUUAAUUACUGCCAAAAAUCUUCAGGCUAUGCUGGACGAUGCAAGAGCGGGACUCCGAAUAGUUAAUGCUCGUGCUGAGCUAUCCACACAUAUUUGGGACGGGAUUGAAGAAUGGGUUGGUGAGGAUGGCGCUCUGGGACUCAAAGAUCCCAAGAUUGUUGAGAGCGAUGUGCAAGCACAGAUCUCUUUCCUAAGGAAGCUUAAGUUUCUUUACCUGGAACAAAAUGCAAAGGAUAAAUACGUGAAGACUAUUGUCAGCGACGAUGCCCCGCUGGUGACACCUGCACUAAAUGAGGAACUUCGAGUACAGAAUGAGGAGAAGAAGACUGCGCUACGUGAACACAAAGCGAAGCUAGCAGAAAGAAGGGAUGAUCUUCGAGCACUUUCUGGAUUCGUAGAAGAAGAUUAUAAGAAAGCACAAGCCCUGACUCUCCAAGCAUCCAUGCUAUCGCAGAAGAUACUCGAUGCACAUUUAUCACUUACUCGCUUGCGACAGGCCCAUCCCCAUCCUCGGCUCACAAUAACCACAGCGAACCAGCAACUUGAUGGUCAGGUAGAAGAGAUGCAAGCACUAGACACGGAACUUGCAGAUGCGCACGAGAAGAUUGCUACUGUACGAGAGCGGAUAAAAGUCGGGACGGGUCAGGUCGAGAAACUGAGGAGUGUUAGAGCAGAGGUGGAAAAGGCUGUGGAAAUCGGUGCGGGUGAAAGAGUGGAAGACGGAAGAGUGGUUGGACUGUAUGAUUGGUUCUCAACCACAACCUCAACUCAUCAUGCGCUUGUUUCACUUCUCUCUGCACAUAGUGAAUCUGACAACGAGCUGCGCCUCACUUACUGCGUGCAUGAGCGUGAGGUAUGUAUGACGUUGCUGUUCAUACCUAACACGCGCCGCUUGGCCGAGGCAAGGGUGGAGGGUGUCGAGGAACGCGUAAUCGGAGACGUCGUGGAUGCACACGUCAUGGAAAACGAUGUAUCUGGGCUUGUAUGGGCUGUGCUCGCGAGAGCGAGGGCUACAUAA